UAACAUCGAUCGAUAUCCUCUUCGCACGCAAAUCCCGGCCUCUUCUUCGCUCCCAUCCGUCGCCGCCGUCGCCUCUCUCCGAUCGCCGCCAUGUGCACGCUCGAGAAACGCGGCGACAUCUUCUACCUAACCCUGACCGGAUCCGACGAGCACCGCCUCAGCCCCGCCCUGAUCGCCUCCAUCCUCUCCGCCCUCUCCGAGGCCGCGUCCCAAUCCACCCGCGGCUCUGUCCUCGUCACCACCUCCGCCGGCAAGUUCUUCUCCAACGGGUUCGACCUCGGCUGGGCCCAGUCCGCCGGAUCCCCCGCCGAGGCCCAGCGGCGGCUCCACCAGAUGGUCGAAGAGUUCAUGCCGGUGGUGGCGGCGCUGAUCUCGCUGCCGAUGCCCACGAUCGCCGCCGUGCAGGGGCACGCGGCGGCGGCUGGGCUGAUGCUGGCGCUGAGCCACGACUACGUGGUGAUGAGGAGCGACCGUGGGGUGCUGUACAUGAGCGAGGUGGACAUCGGGCUGUCGCUGCCGGGCUACUUCGGGGCGGUGGUGAGGGCGAAGGUGGGGUCGCCGGCGGCCAGGAGGGAGGUUCUGCUGAGGGGGAGGAAGGUGAGGGGGGAGGAGGCGGUGGCGAUGGAGAUCGUGGAGGGGGCGCACGAUGGGGAGGAGGGGGUGGCGGGGGCCAGCGCGCGGCUGGCGGAGGAGCUGGCGGGGAGGAGGUGGGACGGCGCGGUGUACGCUGAGAUAAGGAAGGGCUUGUACCCGGAGUUGUGUGGCGUGUUGGGCUUGACCACCAAAGUCAUCGCCACUCCUAGGAUUUGACUAGUUGAUUCAGCCCGAUCGAAAUCUUCAAGCGUUUUGGCUUUUCAUAUGUAUCUCUCUCUUAUGUAAUUUCCCAACUGUUUACCAGCCAAUCUAUGUAAUUGGCAUUGUUUGCUUGCUCAUGGAGUGAAAAGUGCGUUCUUGUUGAUGCUGAA